AUGGCGGACAAAGGGAAUGAUUCGCAGGUGCCUCGAAAUUGCGCAACAUGUUCUAAGCCCGAUGAUUACGACAACAUGGUGGCUUGUGACUCCUGUCAUGAUUGGUUCCAUUAUUCUUGUGUCCAUGUCGAUGACACGGUUCAGAAUCAAGUUUGGCAAUGUGCAUCCUGCGAACUCCUGCAUGAUUCUAGUCAAACACAGCUACCACAAGCUUCUGAGGAAGAAAUGGGAAAAGGAGGUGCGAAGCCCAAACCUCCAGCGAUGCAAUCGGUAAAUCUGGCGGUUCCGGCGAAGAAAGCAGGAAUCAAAUCUUUGGCCGGAAGCAAAGGUACGCGGAAGUCGAAAAAAGGAACCGUUCAUCAAAGCAUUACCUCAAGUACCCAGAGGCGAUUGGAAUUGGAAUUAAAGGCUGUAGAAGAGCAGCAAAAAAUACAAGAAGAAGAGCUGACUGCACAGAAGGAGCUUCAGGAUCUCGAACGGAAGCUUGAAGAAGAAUUACGGGAGAAGGAGUUAGCGAUCGACGCAAAACGGAUUGCUGAAGCAAAGGCCGCUAUGAAGAAGAGAAUAUCGGAUGAACGUGAGUUUCGGAUGAAGCAGAUGGCUAUUAGAAAGCACUCAGAAGAAGAGAAGGUGAGAUUGAUCCGGCAAGCUUCCGAAUACGCCAGCAGCAGGAGCAGUUCGGUCGAUACUGGUGCAUGUUCGAAGUUCAAGGUGGAGAACUGGUUGAAGACGCAGCAGACAAUGGAACCAGUUAAGGAGUUAGCGCUAGCAAUAAACCCUUGGGUGCUUCAAAGCAAUCAGGUGAUUCAAGAACAGCAAGCUCACACGAAUGCUUUCGUAAAACGACAUUUCGUUGAUGAGUUUGAGCAACUGGGUGUGGGAGAUGCAAAUGUUCACGUCAGUAACCAUGCCCUGAACUUGUUUGUUGGCGAGGUCAAUUGUAACGAUGGCUUGGAAAGACGGAAUAAUAUUUGUGAAGUGCAAUUGCCUAAAGAUAGUGAUCAUCAGCAGCAAAAUUACUCGAGAGCAACUAAUUCUCCCAGCAUGCGAAGUAUAGGUGACGUGCGACGAUGUGAAGCAAAAACUGGUCAAAGCGCAGCAAGAAUUGGCGACGGGAAUAGACCAUCGGUGCCGAAUGGUGAUGCAUUCACCUACCACGGGCGCGGCAGUCUAGAAGAAUUCGUAGAAGGCCCAACAAAUCGACAAUUGGCUGCUAGGCAGGUGAUGGGGAAAGAUUUGCCUAUUUUUUCGGGUAAUCCAGAGGAAUGGCCGAUUUGGAUCAGCAACUUUCGUCGAUCAACAUCUACUUGUGGAUUCUCCGAUGAUGAAAACCUGAUUCGACUUCAACGUUGCCUCAAAGGUUCGGCUUUAGAUGCGGUUCGCAGUAGAUUGCUGUGUCCGGCUAGUGUCCCACACGUGAUACGUACUCUGGAGAUGCGAUACGAUCGGCCUGAAACACUUAUCCGUUCAAUGACGGAGCGAGUUCGUAGGCAGCCAUCUUUGAAGAUCAAUGACCUUGAGGGAAUCAUAGAAUUUGGCUUAGUUGUAGACAAUCUUGUGCAGCAUCUGAAGAAUUCUGGACAACAGGCACAUCUGACAAAUCCGUCUCUGCUACACGAUCUGGUUGGGAAAUUGCCUGUCGACUACAAGAUCAAGUGGUCAGCUUAUAAGAGUAUGCGAGCUGACGCGGAUCUAAGUACGUUUGGGCAGUUUAUGUCGGCUUUAGUAGAACUAGCAUAUGAAGUAGCGGAUGACUUCCCCUGUGGAGAGAGGACCCCGAAGCAAAGGCAGAAGCCCAAUGAUCGAGCAUUCGUCCAGACGCAUUUGGAAACCAUCGGGUCAUCAGUGAGCCAAUCGACCAGCAGCAAUAAUUCAGGCACUCGAACACCUAUGAAACCAUGUGCUGUUUGCAAAGCAGAGGGGCACAGAGUCGCAGAAUGCAAUCGUUUCAAAGUAAUGGACAUUAGUGAACGACAAAAUUUGGUACAACAGAGCGGUCUAUGUCGAUCGUGCUUGAACUUCCACGGAAAAUGGCCAUGCAAGACGGCAAAAGAAUGUGGUGUCAACGAUUGUCGGUUGAAACAUCACCCUUUGUUGCAUUUUCCAACAACAGAAAUUCACGCAGCCGUUUCAACAAGUCAUCUGAGUGAGCAAUCAACAAGUGAUGGGCCUUUCUUCAGAAUAAUUCCUGUAACGCUCUACGGGAAACAUUGCGAGAUGAACGUCUACGCUUUUGUGGAUGAAGGGUCAAAGAUAACGCUAAUGGAAGAUGCGGUGGCGGAUCAGCUUGGAUUUGCCGGUCCAACGGAAACUCUAAACUUGCAGUGGACAGGAAAUAUCAAGCGUAGUGAGACAAAUUCAAAACGAAUCAACGCUAAAAUUUCCGGAGAAGGUUCAUCGAAACAGUAUCAAAUGAUUAACGUGCGUACCGUCGGUGGAUUACUGCUUCCAUCGCAGACAGUACACUACGCGAAAAUGUGCAGCAGAUACCCACAUCUACGAGGUCUACCAAUACGUAGCUACGAGAAGGUGUCACCUAAACUCUUGAUUGGUCUUGACAACUUGAAGCUCAUCGUGCCGUUAAAGAUCAGAGAAGGAAGGUGGGCAGACCCUAUAGCCGCCAAGAGUCGCAUCGGAUGGAGCAUUUACGGAUGUGCUACGACACAAGCAUCGACGGUCACGUGUGGGUUUCAUUUUGGAGGAUGGACCAAUCAGGAGCAGGAACUUAACCAAUUGGUUCGUGACUAUAUCACACUGGACAACACCGGUGUAACACAUCCUUCUAUGAUCCUAGAAUCCGAGGAAGACAAGCGGGCAAGACUGCUGCUGGAGUCAACUACUCGAAAAAUCGGGGGAGCUUUCGAGACAGGAUUACUGUGGAAGACUGACAAUAUCCAAUUCCCAAACAGCUAUGGGAUGGCAUUUAAACGGAUGUGUGCCCUCGAAAGAAGAUUAGAAAAGGAUCCGGUUCUCUACGCUCGUGUUAAACAGCAACUUCGAGACUACGAGGCGAAAAGGUACGCACACAAAGCAACUCCACACGAACUCUCCACCACUAAUUCGAACCAGUGUUGGUAUUUGCCGCUGGGGAUAGUCCUGAAUCCGAAUAAGCCGAACAAGCUUAGGAUGAUCUGGGACGCAGCGGCAAAAGUAAAUGGAAUUUCUCUAAACUCCGCUUUGUUGAAAGGACCAGACUUUUUAACGUCUCUACCGACAGUCAUAGGAAACUUUCGCUUGUAUCGAUACGCCCUGACCGGAGACAUUAAGGAAAUGUUCCACCGGUUCUUCAUCCGGCACCAAGAUCGUCAGUUCCAGAGGUUUCUGUUCAGAGAUAGUUCAGAUGAGGAUCCCGUGGUUUAUGUCAUGGACGUCGCCAUAUUCGGAGCAGCCUGCUCGCCGAGUAGUGCCCACUAUAUUAAAAACCUAAAUGCCAAGGAGUUUGAAGCACAGUUCCCGCGGGCAGCAGCAGCCAUCACUUAUCGCCACUACGUGGAUGAUUAUUUAGACAGCUUCGAAACCAUUGAGGAAGCUGUGAAGAUCGGCCAACAGGUGAAGCAUAUCCAUGCCGAAGGUGGGUUCGAAAUCCGGAACUUUUUAUCAAACGACCCAACUAUAGCAGCGCGUGUUGGUGAAGAAUCACUGGAAGCAGAAAAGAGUAUUUGUGUAGAGAAAGCCGAGCUAGUCGAAUCCGUAUUGGGUAUGAAGUGGAUGCCAAGCAGCGACAUUUUUACAUUCACCGUUUCUCUACGAGAUAACUUGCAACACGUGCUAAAUCUAUUGCAUAUCCCUACAAAACGGGAAGUUUUGCGUACUGUGAUGAGUUUCUUUGAUCCUCUGGGACUGAUAUCAUUCUAUCUGAUUCAUGGUCGCAUCCUGAUGCAAGACAUAUGGGCAAUUGGUAUCGGUUGGGAUGAACCGAUCAGUGAUGAAAUCUUCAUACAGUGGAAAAGGUGGAUCGAACUGAUCCCGGAGUUGAACACUCUUCGUAUUCCACGCUGUUACAUCAGUGGUUCCACGGAAACCAGAUAUUCCAUGUUGCAGGUUCAUGUUUUUGUCGACGCAACAGCGGUUUUGGGCUCCCGUUUGCUCAACAAUGUGAUCGCCAUGCACGCUCUGCCUGUGAAGAAACGAGUAUUGUGGUCCGAUUCAAACACCGUUCUGGCCUGGAUUCGGUCGGAUCAGCGGAGGUAUCAUCAAUAUGUGGGAUUCAGGAUCAGCGAAAUCCUAUCUCUGACGGACGUAAACGAAUGGCGAAAGAUACCCUCUAAGGAGAAUGUAGCGGACGACGCGACGAAGUGGGGAGCAGGGCCGAACAUCAAGAGUGACAGUCGAUGGUUUCAUGGACCAGAGUUUCUUCGGCAUGCAGAAGAGUUCUGGCCUGGGAGUGAUGAUCAGAUCGAUCAUACAGAGGAAGAAAUACUGACGUGUAACAUUCAUGAAGCAAUACAGUCGUCGCUGGUUAACCUAAAUAGGUUCAGCAAAUGGGAGAAAGUACAUCGCACUAUGGCGUAUGUGUAUAGAUUCGUCAAAAAUGUUCAACGUGCUCAUCGAAAUGAAACGCAGCUCCUAGGAGCAUUGACGCAGGAAGAAUUAGUAGAUGCCGAGAGAUAUCUGUGGAAGGAAGCACAAGCUGAAUCGUUUGCUGCAGAGCUGGUAAUGUUGGAGAAAACGAAAGGAAAGCCAGAGGGAGUUCAUGUGAUCCUACCAAAAUCAAGUACGAUACACAAGCUGUGGCCGUUUAUUGAUAGGAAUGGGGUUAUGCGGAAACGUGGUCGCUUGGGGAAUGCUGAUUGGAUACCUUUCCAGACCAAAUAUCCGGUAAUUCUUCCGCGACAACAUCCCAUUACACUUCUUCUCGUCGACUCCUUUCAUCGUAGAUUUCAUCAUCGCAACCGCGAGACAAUUGUUAACGAGUUGCGGCAACACUAUGAAAUCCCGAAGUUACGGUCUGUGGUGUUCAAAGUAGCUGAGAACUGCAUGACAUGUAGAAUCCACAGAGCCAUUCCUAGCUCACCACCUUUGGCACCUCUACCGGUAGCCCGAGUGACACCCUAUGUACGCCCGUUCACUUUCGUAGGGGUUGACUAUUUCGGCCCAGUGUUGGUAAAAGUUGGACGCAGCAACGUUAAGCGGUGGAUAGCACUUUUCACUUGCUUAACAAUCCGUGCUAUACACCUUGAAGUUACACACAGCUUAUCCAAAGAAUCGUGUGUGAUGGCGGUGAGAAGAUUUGUGUCACGACGUGGGGCACCAACAGAAAUCUUUAGCGACAAUGGCACAAACUUUCUCGGGGCAAGCAAUCAAUUGAAACAGGAGGUCGAAGAAUUAAAUAAUCAUCUGGCAUCAACCUUUACCAAUACAACAACUCGAUGGUCGUUCAACCCACCUGGCGCUCCACACAUGGGUGGAGUGUGGGAACGAAUGGUCCGUUCUGUAAAAGUAGCGAUCAAUGGUAUUCUAGAUACACAACGACGCCCGGACGAUGAAGUACUGGAGACGGUGAGUCGGCUGACAAGGAAUCUCACUCCAAAUCAUUUCCUGUUAGGCAGUUCCAGUGGGGUAAAGCAGAUGCCGGUGCUACCUACCGACUAUCAAUCGACGCUGCGAAACGGGUGGAAACUUGCGCAGCACUUGUCUGACGGUAUAUGGAAGAGGUGGAUUAAGGAGUACUUGCCGGUGAUAUCCAGGCGUUCUAAGUGGUUCGAGGAAGUCAAAGAGAUAGAAGAAGGAGAUCUGGUACUGAUCGUGGAUGGCGCAGUACGGAACCAGUGGAUCAGAGGAAGAGUGGACAAGGUGGUUAAAGGAAGAGAUGGAAGAGUACGGCAGGCAUGGGUGAGGACCACGAAGGGCGUUCUUCGGAGGCCAGUGGUGAAGUUGGCGUUACUCGAUGUCAUAGGUAGUGGUAAACUGAAUGUUGACCAUGAUGGUUUACGGGUGGGGGAAUGUGAGGACGAGAACCGGUCGGCGCUCAACCGUUAA